UAGUCACUGUUCUGUUGCCUUUAACACAGGCACAAGCAUAUCAUUUUAUAAUCGGUCAUCAUCAGCGUAACUUCGAUCAAUUGUAUCGGGAAUCAAAUAGUAGAACCUACGUAGCAGACACAAAUUAUACGGAUACAACUGCAGCUGAUUUGGAAAAUACAAAUUCAACAAUUAUUGUUACCACGGUACGUGAAUCAAACGAAUUAUCACAGACUGCCAUGGAUAUCAUAACGAUCGUUUGGUAUGUGGCCACUUUUUUGGCUUUGGCUGCCUUCUUUUUACUCAUGGCUUGCUCGGAUAGACGUUGUAGUGAUACCCAACGUAAUGCCAAUAUGAAUACAAAUGAAGCACCCAUACCACCACCCACGCCCUCACCUUCUUACAGUGAGUUUGCUCCACCCAGUUAUGACAGUGUCAUGAAAUUACAACAUCAAAGUAAAAAUACCAUAUUUGUCAUACCAUUUUCGGUGGAACAAACUGCUGCCAAAGAAGGUGUUAAUAACAGCACGAAUAACAGCACCAUACAACAACAACGACAACAACAACAACUAAUGCUAAUGAUCUGCCCUUAACUCCUAAUAUUAGUUUUUAUACCAUAAAUGAACUGCAAAAAUUAGAAAGUUAAUGUCAACGGAGAUUUAUUUUAACAAAAAUUUCUAAUUUUUUCCUUUUGAAAACCUUAAUGGAAAAAAUCUUCAAGAAACAUUUCUUAUAAAGAAUAUCUGUGAUAUUUUAGGGCAUUUCUUUAAAUCAAACAGUUUAACAUAAAGGUUGUUAGCAGCUGUUUAAGGAUUCUUUUAUACAUCAUUUAGCAAGGUUAAAGUCAAAUUCAUUUGUUCAUUAUUUUUGUAUUAUCUAGUUCCAAAGUGUCUGAGUACUUAAACAUUUUACUGUAUUAAGUGAAUAGCCAUAAGUAUUUGUAUUUAAGUUUAAAUAAUGAUAAGACUGAUUAAAGCAUAUUUUUAGUUAAGUAGUUGUCAUUUCGGUGCUUUAAACCAAUUUUGUAUUUAAGUUUAUUUUUUUUUGUAUUAGUUAGGAAAUAAAGUAUGUACUUAAA